GACUACUAUGCGGUACUUGGUGUUGCUAAGACUGCAACACAGAAGGAGAUCAAGCAGGCAUACCGAUCAAAGGCCCGUCUUUUGCAUCCGGACACAAGCUCUGAAGAUGAUUACGAUGUGGAGAAUUUCCUUGUGUUGAAUGAAGCAUUCGAAGUCUUGGGUGAUGAGGAGCUUCGGAGGAGGUACAAC